CAAUGAAAGCAACAUUUUCUACAUAUCUCACUGAGGGGCUUAUUUUAGUCUCUCCGGCUAUGUUUUUGCUUGUUUUGCUUUUGAUGGCCACAGUUAAACUUCCACACAACCAAUUUUGUGUUCUACUUGGAAUUGCCCAAUUAUUUUUCUUAGUUUUAUUUGCUCUUUUUUCACAACACGAUCCCAAUGCUCUUCCAUCAUCAGUUCCAAUCGGUUCUGUUUUGAUACAAGAAUCGCAGAAAAAAUUAACUGAUUUUCAAGAUGUUCAUUCAAUACUUCUUGUUGGAUUUGGAUUUUUGGUUGUGUUUGUUCGUCGAUAUGGAUUUGGAUCUUUUACAAUGUCAAUGAUGUUAACGGCUUUUACUUUAGAAUUAGCUCUACUUGUUCGAGGGUUUUUAACAGAUGAAUUUGCCCUCUAUGGAAAAUUUUAUGUUAAUUUACAAAAUUUAAUUAAUGCUGACUACACAGCUGCAGUUGUUUUAAUUUCUUUUGGAGCUUUAUGUGGUAAAUUGUCUCCAAUGCAAUAUUUGCUUAUGGCUCUAAUUGAAGCCCCAUUUUCUAUCUUUAACGAAUAUAUUGUUGUUAAAAUACUUGGAGUUCAAGAUUUGGGAGGUUCAAUGAUUAUUCACGUUUUUGGGGCCGUUUUUGGAUUAAUUGCUGGUCGAGUACUUUUUACUAAAACAUGGAGGGACAGCGAACAUUUGGGGAGUGUUUAUCAUUCAGAUAUAUUUACUUUUGUUGCUACCGGCUUUCUUUGGGUGUUCUGGCCUUCUUUUAAUGCUGCAAAUGCAUUUGGAGCAGAUGCCCGUAAUCGUUCAAUUAAUUUCAAUGUCCGCCACUUGGUUAAUGCUCCAUUAGCGGGUGGAGUUGCUUUGGGUGCUUGUGCUAAUAUUCUUUUGGCACCUUUUGAUGCUUUAGCUAUAGGGGUUGUUAGUGGGGCUGUUGCUGUUUUUGGAUAUAUUUUUAUUUCUCCAAUUCUCGAAAAGAAAUGCGGAUUUAGCGAUACAAGAGGCGUAAAUAAUUUACACGCAAUGCCCGGUAUUUUUUAA